AUGGCUUUCGCCACUCAAUUCAAACUUUGGGACUUCAAUGCCUUCGCCAUCGAAAUUGAAGUUGUCGCCCGCGACUUGGCUACAGUCGACACUGCCAAAUUUUCCAAAAGCCGGAGGACGAAAUUACGGGACCUGCUUCCGCUAAAAAAGGGCGCCGAAAAAAGCUCGGCGAUCCGAAGCAGCGGGGCGAUGCGCCAGCUGCUUCCGACGCAGAGCAAUUGA